AAUACGGCAGCUGUCGACUUUGCACGCACAAGCCUCGCUGGUGGUCAUCAAGCUGUGGGCAGACAGAGUUUAAACUCCUUGUCUUGUGCUGCUGCUGGUGGUUCGAGGGAGCGUCACAUUUGCUGCUCGUGGGUUUUUUUUAAAGAGCCAGGCAGGCGGCAGCAUGGGAGGGGCCCUGCUUUUACUGAAGCGCAGAAGCAGCAGAAGCAGCGCGGUGCGUAACUACAGUGGAGCUCUGCGCAGUGAGUCAGCUUAGGUAUCACACAGGCGCCGGCAAGUGAAUGAAUGAAGACAGAGAGAGAGGAGAGCCCUGCAAGAUCUGGAGACAGAAAAGGCGAAGGUGUCCAACUCUGGAGAGGAGAAUCUGACACGGAAACACAGAAGUGAUCGGAGCAAGCUUGUUGACGCAUAAUCCCACCCUCCCCGCCGGCACUGGGAGGGGGCAAAUCUAGCCUGCCUAAACUCCAAUCCUGCCAAAGAGAUUAACGGAGUGCGCUGCAGCAGGUUCAGAGCCAGCAAGAACAUUUGAUACGAGUUUAUUUGAAUAUAUCUCAGAUAUUUUUUGGAAGAAUUCUUUGGAAAACAGAUCGAGGAGCUAUUGCGCGCAUCAUUAGAGGCGAUUGAUUUCCCUGUUGGAUUCGGCACUGUCACUGCGCCGCGGACUGUGCGGGUUUUAGAUGCGUUCUGAGGUGUGGACAGGACCUAUCAUCAUCAUCACCAUCAUCAUCAUAGCAGGUAUUUGAUCGGGAUUGUGUUGCUUACAUCGGAGAUCUGGAGCCAUGACAGGCCCCCCGCUGGUCCCACAGCCCGCCUGCUGACGGUACCGGGCAGGAUGGGAGCAGGUCUGCCGCGUUUAGGAUCCCGAAGAAGCCGAUUUAUCAAUGGAGGAGGAGAGUGACACCCGGAAAAUUAACAACAGCUUCCUUCGUGACCACAACUAUGCAACCGAAGCUGACAUUAUCUCAACGGUGGAGUUUAACUCAUCGGGGGAGCUGUUGGCCACCGGGGAUAAAGGAGGCAGAGUGGUUGUCUUCCAGAGGGAGCAGGAGAGUAAGAGUCAGCCCCAACGUCGAGGGGAGUACAAUGUUUACAGCACAUUUCAGAGCCACGAGCCCGAGUUCGACUACCUGAAGAGUUUGGAGAUCGAGGAGAAGAUCAACAAGAUCAAAUGGCUUCCUCAGCAGAACGCCGCCUACUUCCUGCUUUCCACCAACGACAAGACAGUGAAGCUGUGGAAAAUCAGCGAGAGAGACAAGCGUCCAGAGGGCUACAACCUGAAGGACGAGGAUGGACGGAUCAGAAACCCGUCGACAAUCACCUCGCUACGAGUGCCCGUGUUGCAGCCGAUGGACUUGAUGGUUGAGGCUACAGCCAGGCGAGUUUUCAGCAAUGCUCACACCUACCACAUCAACUCCAUCUCUGUCAACUCCGACCUCCAAACGUACAUCUCCACCGACGACCUGCGGGUGAACCUGUGGAACCUGGAGAUCACCGACCGCAGCUUCAACAUUGUGGACAUCAAGCCGGCCAACAUGGAGGAGCUGACAGAGGUGAUCACCUCUGCAGAGUUUCAUCCCCAGCAGUGUCACACCUUCGCUUACAGCAGCAGCAAGGGCUCGAUACGCCUGUGUGACAUGAGACAGGCCGCGCUCUGUGACAAACACUGCAAAUACUUUGAGGAGCCAGAGGAUCCCUCCACUCGCUCCUUUUUCUCUGAAAUCAUCUCAUCGAUCUCCGAUGUGAAAUUCAGCCACAACGGGCGGUACCUGAUGACACGGGACUACCUCACUGUAAAAGUGUGGGACCUUCAGAUGGAGAACAAACCACUGGAGACGUACCAGGUCCACGAUUAUCUAAGAGGCAAACUUUGUUCUCUGUACGAGAACGACUGCAUCUUUGACAAGUUUGAGUGUGUCUGGAAUGGAUCAGACAGCGUCAUAAUGACUGGCUCCUAUAACAAUUUCUUCCGAAUGUUUGACCGGAACACAAAACGUGACGUCACACUGGAAGCAUCCAGAGAGAACAGCAAACCCAGAGCCAUUCUCAAACCUCGCAAGGUGUGUGUGGGCGGAAAGCGACGCAAGGACGAGAUCAGUGUCGACAGCUUAGACUUCAGCAAGAAGAUCCUGCACACUACGUGGCACCCGCAUGAGAACAUCAUUGCUGUAGCGGCUACCAAUAACCUCUACAUCUUCCAAGACAAGGUCAACUAAAGGGCCAUCCGACCCUGCUGACCCC